UUCCGGUCUCCUAUAAAACGACUGCUUCCACACUCAACGGUAUCGCUGCAUUCGACUCUGCACCACUGAACGUCUCGUCUGAGCUGAAAACCUCACAUCGAAACAUCAACCAUGAAGGUAGUAAUCUCCUCGCUCGUGCUUCUGGCUCUGCUCCAGCUCGCUACUUGUGACUGCGGAACGGCUUCUUCUUCUGCUGCUGCGGCUGCUUUUCAAAAGUGCGUAGAGGACAUCGAGGUUAACGGACCGUUCAGGAGUAUUAAUUUUGAUGCAGUAAGCACUGAAGCCCACAAGGAAAACGUCCUCUGCUGUGGAGUGAAAUAUAUCAAGGACUGCGUUGACACUCACAUUGGUACGGUAUGCCCUUCGCUUGUUGCUGGAGCCAACGCUCGUGCUCGCGAAUCCUUCCUGGAAGCUGCGAAUUCUGAUGUGACUUGCCAAGGUGCUUUGCCAACAAACUGCGACUCGUUGCCGUCCCUCUUCAGCUUGUAAGCAAUGGGCGUCCCGAUGUGUAGCAGAUUAAAUAAACCUGCAGACAUUCUU